GCGCCCUUACGCCCGGCUGCCCUGUGGGGCCGCGGCCCGGGGCUGGACGGGGGCGACGGGCCGGGCGCGCCCGCUGCCGCCCCCCGCCCCCGCGACGCCCUCAUGUCGGCGCCGCUGAAGAAGGGCCCUGGGGGGCUGAUCGGGCUCAUGAAGGACGCCUUCCAGCCGCACCACCACCACCUCGGCCCGCACCAGCCCGGCGCCGUGGACAAGAAGAUGGUGGAGAAGUGCUGGAAGCUCAUGGAUAAGGUAGUGCGUCUGUGUCAGAACCCAAAACUGGCACUGAAGAACAGCCCACCCUAUAUCCUAGAUCUGCUACCUGACACCUACCAGCAUCUACGAACCAUCUUGUCACGCUACGAGGGGAAAAUGGAGACCCUGGGAGAAAACGAGUAUUUCCGUGUGUUCAUGGAGAACUUGAUGAAGAAAACCAAGCAGACCAUCAGCCUUUUCAAGGAAGGGAAAGAGCGGAUGUACGAGGAGAACUCUCAGCCUAGGCGUAACCUGACAAAAUUAUCCCUGAUAUUCAGCCAUAUGCUGGCAGAACUCAAAGGUAUUUUCCCAAGCGGCCUUUUCCAGGGAGACACAUUCCGGAUCACCAAGGCAGAUGCUGCAGAAUUUUGGAGAAAGGCUUUUGGUGAAAAGACUAUUGUUCCUUGGAAGACCUUCCGUCAGGCGUUGCAUGAAGUGCAUCCAAUCAGUUCAGGGCUGGAGGCCAUGGCUCUGAAGUCAACGAUUGACUUGACGUGCAAUGACUACAUUUCAGUAUUCGAAUUUGAUAUCUUCACACGACUUUUUCAGCCAUGGUCCUCUUUGCUCAGGAACUGGAAUAGCCUAGCGGUGACUCAUCCCGGUUAUAUGGCAUUCCUAACGUAUGACGAGGUGAAAGCCCGGCUUCAGAAAUUCAUUCACAAACCUGGCAGUUAUAUUUUCCGGUUGAGUUGUACACGACUCGGUCAGUGGGCCAUUGGCUAUGUCACUGCAGACGGGAACAUUCUUCAGACAAUCCCUCACAACAAGCCUCUUUUUCAAGCACUGAUUGAUGGCUUCAGGGAAGGCUUUUAUUUAUUUCCCGAUGGCCGGAAUCAGAAUCCUGACUUGACUGGCUUGUGUGAGCCCACACCUCAGGACCACAUUAAAGUUACACAGGAACAAUAUGAAUUGUAUUGCGAGAUGGGCUCCACGUUUCAGCUGUGUAAAAUAUGUGCUGAAAACGACAAGGAUGUGAAGAUCGAACCAUGUGGCCAUCUGAUGUGCACAUCCUGUCUCACUGCGUGGCAGGAAUCAGAAGGCCAGGGCUGUCCUUUUUGCCGCUGUGAAAUCAAAGGCACGGAGCCAAUUGUAGUAGACCCCUUUGACCCCCGAGGAGGAGGAGGGCUACGGCAAGGAGCAGAAGGAACUCCCUCGCCCAGCUACGAUGACGAUGACGACGACAGAGCUGAUGAUUCCCUGUUCAUGAUGAAAGAACUCGCUGGUACCAAAGUCGAGCGUCCUCCUUCUCCCUUCUCAGUAGCUCCACAGGCCACCCUUCCUCCAGUGCCACCUCGACUGGAUCUUCUGCAGCAGAGAGUGUCCAAUCCACCUGGGGCUUCCAGUCCUGGAACCACUUCAAAGGCUGCACCUGGCACUCUUCACAAGGACAAACCUCUGCCGAUCCCACCCACGCUCAGAGACCUGCCGCCGCCGCCACCGCCAGACCGGCCGCAUUCUGUGGGGAGCGACGGUCGGCCUCAGAGGCGGCCCCUGCCCUGCACUCCAGGAGACUGUCCUUCCAGGGACAAGGCACCCCUGCCGCCCUCCAGCCGGCAGGCAGAGCUGUGGCCCUCCAGGCCCAUGCCCAAAGCCCCAUCUGUAGCUCUCAGCACUGGCGACCCUUGGGCUGGGAGAGAACUGUCGAACAGACACUCCCUUCCCUUUUCCCUGCCCUCUCAGAUGGACUCCAGGGCCGACAGCCAUCGACUUGGGAGCACGCUCAGCCUGGACAAUCCAGGGAGCUUGAACAGUGGUCCACCAACAACCUCAGAGUGCGAACACCCCAAAAUUAAACCCUCCUCGUCUGCCAAUGCGAUCUACUCCUUAGCUGCCAGACCACUGCCUGUACCAAAACUGCCUCCUGGGGAACAGUCAGAGAGUGAUGAAGACACUGAAUACAUGUCACCGUCCUCGCUGCCUGUGGUGCCUCCAGGUCCUGCUGUACAAAAACCAGAGAUCAAAACACCUUUGGAAAUGAUUCAGAGUUUACGAGUGUUGGACUGCGACCAGCAGACGGAUGGCUGUAUGUAUGAAGCAAUGUACAACAUUCACUCCCAAGCAGCAUCCUCUGUCUUUGAGACCAUCAGCACUUCUGAUGAAGGGGAUGUGGCAGCAGCCACUGCCAGCAACGGCCCUGAAGAGUCAGAGAAUGAAGAAGACGGCUACGAUAUCCCCAAGCCGCCCCUGCCGGUUGCCAUUGCUCGUCGCACACUGUCUGAUAUCUCCAACGCCACCUCUGCCUUCAGCCGAAUGUCUCUGGAAAAUGACCCUGUAACAGGUUUUUCAGAUGGCUCCCAAGUUCCAGAAAGGCCGCCGAAGCCGCUGCCACGGAGAAUAAACUCUGAGCGGAAAGCAGGGAACUGCCAGGCAGGUGGGGCCAGCAGUGGGCCCAGCACAUCCCUGCAGCUCUCCAGCGAGAUCGAGAACCUCAUGAGCCAAGGCUACUCAUAUCAGGACAUUCAGAAAGCACUGGUCAUUGCACAUAACAAUAUUGAAAUGGCCAAGAAUAUUCUGCGGGAGUUUGUGUCCAUCUCCUCCCCUGCGCACGUGGCCACAUAGCACAUUGCCUCCACACCUUCGGCUUGUGUGGACCAACUGCCUGGGCAGCCGUGGCUCAGCUACGCACCAAAGGGGACGGGGUUCCUUUAGAGACUUCGUGCUGAGGUCAGUCCUGCCUCUCGAGAGAAUCGGUUGUGUCAGGUUUUUUUGUGGUUCCAGAUUUCAAACCAGUGGGAUGAAAUGGAGCAGAAUGGUGUUUUAUACAGUGUAUGUCUUGGAGUCCUUUUACCCCUACCUCUUGUUUGAGAGAACAGAUUUAUUCCCAGGGCGUCGGUAGAGAAAGGUCUCACGACAAGGGAUCCCCGAGCUGAUGCCCUGGAGGCUGGGGGGAGAGUGCUUUGUGCUGUGAAUUCUAAGUGAGUGCUCUGAGAAACAAAGUCUCGAGGUCAGUGUGGUGUGUCCUGUGGUUCAUGGUACUAGAUUUGGAUCCGUUUGCUGCUGUGUGUCUGGCUCAGGCUUUUUAGAGCAACUUGGAGGUCACUUUCUGCUGGGAAUAAAUAGGAAACCUUGGAAGAAUCUUUGGAUUGCUUCCUGUUUGCCAUGGUGUUUCCCUCUUUCCUGUAAUAGCAUUGGUUAAGUUUCAAGUCCUCCCUUUUUGCCCAGAGGCAGUGGGACUAGCUUCUGUCAGGAGUUUAGAGCUCCACGGUGCUGGGAGCUGGAUUUCUCUCCUCCAUGUCCUCCGUGGGCAGCACUGGCAGCGCCGGACUCCAGGCAGCCAGACAGACAAACUGAAAGUUUGGCGUGUUUUUGAGGGGUGGGGGAGAGGGGGAAGAAUUUGAGCUGGAGCAAAGAACUGGCUGCUGCUUCUCCUUUUAUAGCCUUGAGCAUUUUUAUGCUUCAAUGCUCGGACUCGGCUGUGGCCCUACCGGGAUCGAGCAGCCGUUGCUGAACACUCCCCUGUGCUCUUUCUCUGGGAAGGUUACACCUGGUAAAUAUGGUGUUUUAUUUAUCUCAAUUGCAUGGUGGCUGUUGCAGUCUAGUGGCCUUCGCACACAUUCCAUCCUCUCCUUGGGAGAGCUUUCCUAAGAGCCAGCUGUCUUUGUGCCAGGCUGUUUUGUGGAAUCAGUAGAUGCAGCUGAUAUAGUUGUUGGUAUCUUACUUGCUUUGCAGUAAAAGAGACGCAGCAGUUCUCUGCAUGACUAUCAAAACAAAAUUGACUUGCAUACUCAGCUACUUAAACUCUGUGGAUGCGUUCUGCUGGGCGAGAAGUUUAUGGUUCCUUGCGAGAGGAUUUCAGUCGAGCAGGAGGACGCAGGUCCUGGCCUGACAGAUGGACAAGUGCUCUGUGUACAGUUGGAGGCUGUUAGCCCUUGGCUAGCACUGCUUGCACCUCUGGGCAGUGGCAGUCACUAAGAAAAGGGUUGGCAUUAGCUGCCAAAUAGUUCUUGUUGGAGUGGUUAUGGCGGAUGCAGUUUAGCCUUUUAAAGAAUCUAAAUAGCUGGGCCCAGAUCUGAAAGAAGCAGAGAGGACUUAACAAGCAAUGGGAACUAAGCAUGAAAGGUUUGUUUUGUGUAGGAUGUAGGUCUCUCUCUAGAGCUACAGCUUUUAUACUACAGUUGAUGCAGUGGGAUCCAGGCAGUUGAGAAGCAUGAACUGUCUCUCUUUACUCCUCUCCUUUCUGUAGUAAAGCAAAUGUUUUCUGAAGCCAUAAGGGGAGCUCCUGCAACACUUACAGACUGUCACCACUGUUGCUUUUUUGAGGCCAGGGCUGUAACUUGCAAAUGCAGCAUGCUGAUGAGCUUGAUGUCAGUGGACACAGUGUUCUGCAGGAGACAGAGCAGGGGCUGGCCUCGGGGAAGGUGCUGUGUUGCAGACAAGGUGACAUCAGUGCACUGAGGGAAGAAGAGCUGUUCUUUUUCCUCUUUAGGUGUGUGCACCAGCCAAUGCUCCCGUCUACCAGUCCUGCUGGUUCUGUGUGAGGUGCUCUGCCAGUUAUGUCUGGCAGCUUCAGUCAUUGUGGUUGGGCAGCUUCUUGAGAGCAAACCCAGUGCUGCUGCUUCCGAGGCAGCUCUACUUGUUCUCCCAGUAGAUCUGAGCUCAUGAGCCUGAGCAGCUAUUUCCUGGCUUUAUCUUGGGAAAAAAAGGUGGCCACCCUUUUCUGAGGGAGCUCUGUGGUCUUAGUUGCCUGCUUUUUGUUUUCUCCCCAUUGCUGCUGCUUGCUCUGGGUUUUUAUGUGUCUGACUUGCCCUGUAAACUCGGUGCAAGUGUGUUCCAACGUGGCGUGUGACUCUUGCCACUGCCAAGUCCAGAGAGCUAGAAGGCCUUAACGCUUGUCUCGCACGACCUGUGUGAUCAGAGUAGUGAUGCCCUGUUGUGUACCAGCCUUUCAUUACAGGCUUAUUGUAAUGUUAAUUGAAUCAUGCCUAGCAGAGCUGUUGCAGGUCUGUCUUUGGGGGUUAUGUGCCAAGAGAUGUCCCUAUGGGUAUUGUUCCAGGUGUUAGAGAUUAGAGAGCGAUUGUUGUGGCAUGUAUCACUAAUUUUUCUGCAUGUGUCCUUUUCUGUGCACUGUUUGUGUCAAACCAAUUUAAGAAACGUUAAGUCUUGGCUUUUCUUCCUUAGCCACGUAGGCAUUUACUAGUACCACUGAGGCGUGGUGGAGUCCUGACCGUGUCUUACGGCUCUGCUCUGUGAAGUCCACCCAGACACUCAGCAGUGUACUUUUCUUGUUGUUCUUUCACAAGAGUAAGCCUGAAAUUGAUUUAUCUUUUUUUUUUCCCUUCACCACCUUGAUCUUUAUUCUGAAGUUAACUAUAUGACGCUACUUUAACAAGGAAAAAAACAAACCCCAGAUGUCUAGUGCCUUUCUUAAGGGAGUGCUGAAUCGCUAGGCUGUAGCUGAGUAUCCACCCCUUGGGGGAAAAUGAGGAGCUGUAAAGAUGUCUUUGAGCAUGAAAAUGGUAAGAAAGAUGGGCAAUUGUCACUUCAACACUGCUGCUGUGGUUUGUAGCAUUUCAACCCCGGAGCUUCCCUGCUUUACCUGUUACUAACAGCGACUUGUCUGGAGUGAUGCUGUACUAAGCUUGGUGUGAAGACAGUAAAACGGUAGGACAAAGAUUGGCCUUGUUUAUAACAAAAUAUGAGUUCUGCUCAUAAAAAAUACUGGUGUUUCUUAACCCACCACCCCCCCUGCUCCCCACCAUCAAGCCUGGCCACAAAGCCAGCAGAGCCCACGUGUACAGGAGGAGCGGGGCGCCCAGCACGUGAGAGCAGCGUGUAUCCGCACAGAGAGCUGCGGGCAGCAGGCGAGAGACAUCUGCUCCGGCUGGCUUGGAGCGUGCCCUGCCCUCUGGGCUGAGGGGAACGGAUCUAGAGCAGAUCCUGAACCUUUCCCAUGGAUGAGGGGGAACAGGUGCAGAAUGGAUCCAGAAAGUUCCCCACGGCUGAAGGUAAGGCCAAAGCUGGGCUGUGGCAGCGCGUGUCCUGCCACCGCCCAUGUCUGUCUGUCUCUGCAGGGACAGCAGUUUGGGGCACAGGGAGUCUCUGCCAGCCCCCCUGCUUUGCCUCAGCAGAGCUUCAGCGCGUGCCCUUGGCUGAGCCUUUACCCUGGGGGAGCUAGAUGGGCUCGGGCUACGGCACCUUGCUUCCUGCGCUAGACUGAUCCCAUUACUGUAGCUAAGCCCAAGGCAGGGUCAGUACUGUAAACGGUUUUGUUUUCAGUUGAGCAAGAAAAAAUGCAACUCCCAGAGCACUUUCUUAUGGGUGCCACUUCUUUAAAAAUUAGUGAGGACUAAGGACACUUGUUUUUAAAGAUCCUACUAGAAAACCUUUUCUGAAAUUCCCAGUGGGCAAGAGCAGUUGCUCUUCCUGCCGAAUGACAACCACCAAUUUGUAUGAUGUCAGUGUUAAAGAUGUGGAGAUUUUCACAAGAUAUUUUUUAAAAGUAUAAUAGUGUCAUUAAUAUAAAAAUAUAAUAGCAGUAUUUAAUCCUUUCAGAUCUGUAAAGAAUAAAGGAAAACAGAAGGUAAAUAUUCUUACAGAGAGUAGCUGAGCUUUAAGGUUCACUUGGUUUAAAGUCCUCAUUUUGUUUGCAGAUGCAUUGUUAAUGUUUAGAGGUUAUACUAAUGUUAUUUAUUAAUUGUUUUCAUUCUCGUAUGCUGCCCACUAAGAGCUUCUUUGUUUGGGAUUUCAUUCACCUGUGUCAGUAAAAACAAAACAAAACAAAGUUUUAUUUUUCAAUAAAAUUUCCUUUGUUGUAGCA